CCCAUGGCAGACCAUACACACUACGGAGCAGACUUUCCAACAUGGCGUCAAGAAGCGCAGGGCAAACGCACUUAACACAAGACAUGGAGGGAGACGAAGCGGGGACUGAUGAGAGAGAAAUGGAUUCAGAAGAGGAGGGAGAAGAGGCUAUGGGAGAGGAAACUUCAGACGACGAGGCUGAUUCAUCUGAGGACGAGAAAGAGAACGAGGCCGAAAUCCAGCGACUGGAGGAGCAGUUAUCAAUCAAUGCAUUUGACUACAACUGCCAUGUGGAUCUAAUCAAGCUAUUGAAGCAAGAAGGUGAGCUUCUGCGUUUGCGAAAAGCAAGGCAGAAGAUGAGUGAACUUUUCCCGCUCACUGAAGAGAUAUGGCUUGAUUGGCUUAAAGAUGAGAUUCGUUUAACAGAAGAGGAAUCAAACAGAGAAAAAGUGUAUGAGAUCUUCGAGAGGGCUGUCAAAGAUUAUAUAUGUCCAGAUAUUUGGCUUGAAUAUGCUCAGUACUCUAUUGGUGGUAUGGCAUUACCUGGUGGGAUUGACAAGGUGAGGGCAGUUUUUGAAAGAGCUUUGACAGCAGUUGGGCUCCACGUGACCAAAGGACAGAUGGUGUGGGAGGCAUACAGGGAGUUUGAGAAUGUCAUUCUGACAACAGUACAGCCUCCUCCUGGAAAAAUACCCAGCCAUCAGGAACAGGAGUUACUAAACGCUCAGCUAGAGCGCAUCCACAUGUUGUUUCGUCGGCAGCUAGCUGUGCCUUUAAUGGACAUGGAAGCAACCUAUGCUGAAUAUGAAGAAUGGGCUGAUGGUGUCCGUGAAACAGUUCAGCUUCAAUACAAAAAGGCUCUGCAGCUGAUGGAGAAGUGUAAAGCUUUUGAAGAGGCGCUGAUGGUAGCAGAACCACCUAAGCUGGCAGAGUAUCAAGCUUACAUAGACUAUGAAAUGAAGGAGGGUGACCCAGCACGCAUUCAAAUGAUUUUUGAGCGCACUUUGGCAGAGAACUGCCUGGUUCCAGACAUGUGGGCAAAAUACACUGCAUACUUGGAUCGCCAGUUGAAGAUCAAAGACUUAGUUCUUUCCACCCAUGAGCGUGCUGUUCGAAAUUGCCCUUGGACAAUGGGUUUAUGGAAAGGUUAUAUAUUGGCUCUGGAGAGGCAUUGUGCUGAUCACCAAACUGUGUUAGAUGUUUUUGAGAAGGCCCUGAAUGCAGGAUUCAUACAAGCUACUGAUUAUGUGGAGAUUUGGCAGGCAUACCUUGACUAUUUGAGAAGACGUGUUGAUUUCAGUAAAGGUAGCUUUUUCUUAGUCACAAAUGUCUUGGUAAAACUGCUGUAUAACAUCUUUGUAUUUGGGGUUUCAGAAUCUAGCAAAGAGUUGGAAGAGUUACGGUCAACUUUUACAAGGUCACUUGACUAUAUGAAACAAGAUGUUGAAGAACGGUUUGGUGAAAGUGGAGAUCCCUCGUGCAUUAUAAUGCAAAUCUGGGCUAGGAUAGAGGCCCUUCAUUGCAAAAAUAUGCAAAAAGCCAGAGAGCUUUGGGAUAACAUUAUGACAAAAGGAAAUGCCAAAUAUGCCAACAUGUGGCUGGAGUACUACAAUCUUGAAAGAUCUUAUGGUGAUACUGUUCAUUGCCGCAAGGCCCUUCACAGAGCUGUCCAGUGCACUUCAGACUACCCUGAGCAUGUAUGUGAAGUACUGCUCACUUUUGAACGGAUUGAAGGGUCUUUGGAGGACUGGGAUGUAGCCGUACAAAAGACAGAGACCAAGCUAAAUAGGAUAAAUGAGCAACGUGUAAAGGUGGCUGAAAAAGAAGCUAAUAUUGCUCGACUGGAAGAAGAGAGAACACAGCAGCGACGGAAAGCAAAAGCUGAAAAGAAGGCACAGAAAAAAAUCCAAAAAGGAGUUUGUGUCGGAGAGAAGAGGAAGGUUGAGCAAGAUGAUUAUGCUAAUGAAUGGAAUGAAGACUUGGAACAAGGCCCCAAAAGGCACAAGGGAAACGGUGACCAGAUGAGUGAGGAGUUGAUGGAAACUGAGACAGGACUCUUUGGGAAGACUGCUCCUCCUGGCUUUAAGAAAGUUUCACGGGGGACCAAAACAGAAGGUGCAAUGGCUACUGCUCAAAGAGAGCACCAACCUGAAUUGCGUAAUGACAACUGCAGUAUAUUCAUCAGUAACUUGGCAUAUACACUGGAGGAGCCAGAGGCUAAACUCAGGAUAGUGUUUGACUCCUGUGGUCCCAUUAAGCAAAUACGUCCAGUUUUCAACAAUAAGGGGGGCUUCAAAGGAUAUGGAUAUGUACAGUUUGAAUCUCAAGUGUCUGUACCUGAAGCACUUAAACUAGAUAGGAAAGAAGUGGAAGGCCGACCUAUGUUCGUAUCCCCCUGUGUUGACAAAAGUAAAAACCCAGACUUUAAGGUCUUCAAAUAUAACACAUCAAUGGAAAAACAUAAAAUAUUUAUUUCUGGGCUGCCAUUCUCUUGCACUAAAAAACUACUGGAGGAAAUCUGCCAAAGUCACGGGAGUGUCAAAGAAGUCCGUCUAGUAACCUAUCGCUCAGGAAAACCAAAGGGACUAGCAUAUGUUGAGUUUGCAAAUGAAAGCCAGGCUUCCCAGGCAGUUCUAAAACUGGAUGGCAUGGAAGUCGAAGGCAACAGAAUUUCUGUUGCCAUUAGUAACCCUCCUCGCAGAAAUGCUAUGGACAAGCCUAGUUCCAGUCGUCUGUCCACAGACAUGAUGCCUCGUCAGUUUCAUGGAUCGAGGGGUAAAGGACGAACUCAGCUUUCAUUACUUCCACGUUCCCUAAAUCGUCAAAGUGGGUCUGAGAACAAAGUGGAGAAUGGGACUUCAGCACAGUCCGCUGCAGCAACAAACACGGCCACUGAUACAAAACCUUUGUCCAAUGCAGACUUUGCCAGAAUGCUUCUCAAUAAAUGACAUGAGUCAUCUUGAAAGCCAUCCUGUGUCCUUAGAUUAGCAUUUGAGUAGUUCUGUAAUUGGCACCCACCUUCCCUUUAAUACAGUAGUAGAUUAUAAUCUACUGCAAAUUGCCUUAAUUGCUGACAGCAUCCUCUAAAUUACAACUGUGUUAAGUUUGUUGUGUAUUGCUGUGAAAAUUUUAACUGUAUUAUAUUUCAAGUGUAAAUAAUAUUGUAACUAAAAUUCUGUCUUUUUGUGUUGUGAAAGAGAGUUGUCAGAAACCGUUAAGUAUAUUUUUAAACCUUCAA